AUGGCUAAGGGAUUUAAAUUGAAGGAGCUGUUGGCUCACCAAAAAGACCAAGAGAAAAUGGACAAAGCUGAAAAGGUCAAGAAAAGCAAGCAAGCUAAGCAAAUGGAAAGUGAAGAACCAACCGUUGUCACUGCUGAUGACGUUGUAGCAGCUGAUGCAGCUGAUGCAAAUAUUGAAUCUGAAAGUAACGGUGCUGAAGAAGAAUAUAAGAGUCAAGCUCUAUCGAAGAAAGAUAAGAGAAAGUUAAAGAAACAGCAAAUGAAGGAAGAACAAGAACAAAAUGAAGAAGAUGAAGAAGAAGAAACAUUAGAUUUGAACCGUUUGGCUGAAAGUGCUUCUGAAUCAGAUGACAGUGAAGAUGAAGAUGAAGAUGAAGAUGAAGAUGAAGAAAUAGAAAAAGAAGACAACGACGAGGAAGAAGAAGAAGAAGCAGAAGCAGAAGCAGAAGAUGUUCCAUUAUCUGAUGUUGAGUUUGAUUCAGAUGCUGAUAUUGUUCCACACCAAAAGCUAACCAUCAACAACACUAGAGCUAUUAAGGACUCUUUAGAACGUAUCCAAUUGCCGUGGAAAAAACAUUCUUUCCAAGAACAUCAAAGUAUUACCUCUGAAGCAAAUGCCGAUGAAGGUAUUAAGGAUAUUUAUGAUGAUACCGAAAGAGAAUUAGCAUUUUAUAAACAAUCCUUGAACGCAGUUUUGGAAGCUCGUGAUCAUUUGAAAAGAUUAAAAGUACCAUUCAAAAGACCACUUGAUUAUUUCGCUGAAAUGGUCAAGAGUGAUGAACAUAUGGAUAAGAUCAAAGGUAAAUUAGUACAAGAAGCUAGUGAAAAGAAGGCUCGUGAAGAUGCCAGAAAACAAAGACAAUUGAAGAAGUUCGGUAAGCAAGUUCAAGUUGCCACUUUACAAAAACGUCAAGCUGAAAAGAGAGAGACUUUGGAUAAGAUUAAAUCAUUGAAAAAGAAGAGAAAGCACAAUGAAAUCUCCAAUGAUGACUUUGAUGUCGGUGUUGAAGAAGCUGCUGCAGUCGAGAAGAAGGGUCCUAACGCCAAGAGAGCUGCUAAAAACAGCAAGUAUGGUCAAGGUGGUAUGAAGAGAUUCAAAAGAAAGAACGAUGCUGACUCCUCAAUGGAUGUCACUGGUUUCUCACAAAGAAAAAUGAAAGGCAAGCCAUCUAGACCAGGAAAGAGCAAGCGUUCAAGAAGACAUUAA